AUGGAAGCGUCACGCGCUGAAGUGGAGCACACUCGUCAUGUUUUAUCUGUUCUCUUUCUCUCUCUUACCGACGCCAAAAAAGUUUUGGCGCAAAGCCGACACUUUGGCACGAGGCAAAGAAAACAUCGCGAUCGAGCUUUCGGACGGCAUCCGCGGGCAGCCGUCGGGUAUCGAGCAAUCAGCCGGCGCGCGAGAGUCACGGCGAGGAGCCGCACGGGAGGAGACACGUGCGCGCCGGCGUGGUCGAUCGAAGCACCGGUAACCCGUGGCGACGGAGGCAGCCGCUCGCCCGCCGUCAGUCGGCGCCUCGCGGUCAUGCCGAGAGCAGCCAGCAGCACCGGCCUCAUCGCCGCCCGCGUCAAACCCGUGCGCCGGCCCAAGCCCAAGGCGCAGAAACUGGAGCUGAUGGGGCCAGCGGUACGAGCGCCGUUCGGCCCGCGGCCCUCCGCCAGGCCGUCCCUGCGCCGGCACGAUGGCUGCGCGGCGCGGCGCCAUCACCCGGCCGACGGCGAGGCCGCGUGGACGGCACGCCGCGCCGACGGGCGCCCGCCGAGCGCGGGCCGCGCCCCGGAGCCGUCGGCGGAGGCGGACGGCGCCGAGCUCGUGCCCGAGGAGCUGUUCCGGCGCUACACGGAGACGGACUCGCGGCCGGCCAGCCCCCGCAGCCCCGAGCCAGCGCAGGCCGAGCGCGAGAGGACCCAGCUGGUGCUGGACCUGCGCGCCAGCCCGCGCGAGGUCCAGGUGGGCCCGCGGCGCGGCCGCGCGCCUGCCGACCCCACCGCCGCCGCCAGCCCCCAGCCAGCCGAGGCGCUCAGCUGGCGCGGCCCCGCGCCGGAGCCGCCCACGGGCCGCCGCGCCCCGCGCGCGUCGCCGCCCCACCGUUCGGCCGCCUCGACGGCGCGCUCGCCGCCCGCCGACGACGGGCCCCCCGGCCCGGCCGGCGACGCCGCGCGGGACUGCGCGCCCGAGGCGGCCGGGCAGCCGGCAAUGCGCCGCCGCGGCCGGCUGCGGCGCGGCAAGCGCAAGUGCCGGCGCGCCUCCAUCUACGGCCAACCGACCGAGGUGCGCGAGCCGCCCGAGCCGUCCGAGACCCAGGUGUCGCAAACCGACGGGGCCGGCCGGCGCGCGCCCCCCUGCCCGAGAGCCGAGGAGACCGGCGGCCGGGCCACGCCGGACGGGACCAGUCUGCCGAGCGUGGGCCGCGAGCUGCCACCGAGCUUCCUGCCCCGGGAGGCGAUCAGGGCGCUCAGUCGGCGGCUGGACCGCGAGCUCGUCGAGUGCGAGUUCAACGCUAAGAGGCGGUUCGCUUUGGAGGAGGCGCUGCGGGUCGUCAGCGAGAUGCAGCCGCCGCCGGCCAGGGCGCCGCGAGUGGCCGCGCUGCCCACCUGCCACGAGGUGCCCCGGCUGUUCUACAGGCAGAGCGCCAGGUUCGAGCUGCUGGACGGCCAGUCGCUCGUGGGUCUCCGGCCGCUGGACUACCUUGCCCGCCACGCCCACGUCAGCGACGCGCGCAAGGCCGUGUUCUUGCGCGCCUUCAACAAGUUCCGCGAGGACGAGGCCGAGGGCCCGCGCCACAUGCUCGCCGACUGCUUGCGGGAGGCGCUGCGCGAGGUGAUGGGCCGACCGCUGACGGACCGCGAGUUCGAGGGCCUCCAGCGCGGCCUGGGCCCCACCGGCGACCGGCUGCACUUCCGUGCCUGGUGCGGCCUCUGCGCGUUCGCGGAGCGCGUCGUGCCGGAGCUGCCGCCGCGGGACCGGGAUCCCGCCUCCUGGCUCGAGAGGGCCGACUUCGAGAUGCUGGAGAAGAGGCUGAGGAGCGUCAAGGUGGACGCCAGACUGGCGGACAUGCUGAGGCUCAUCAGGGACCGCUAGGCCCCGCUCACGGUCAGUGCACGCCGUUCGAUCGUGUCUACAUUUUUAACGAGCGUCUUUACAUUCGCAGCUCAUUCACGGGGGAUAUUAUUCCUCGCGACUCCGUGACCUGUACAUAGCGAAUUGCUCUCGGGCGCUGAUUUCUUUUGAAAAUUUCGCGACGUUUCGAGGUCCGCGCGCAACGCUGCACGUCCCACCGUAAGAGUCGCGCAUCCGACAGGUCGCGCAUUGAGAAUCAACGAAAACGAUCGAAACGAAACGAAAACCAAAAUAAAAAAAUGAAGCGCUACCGCCGCGCCAAUAUUUACACGAGUUCACGCGAUCAGCGACGAGCUGGACUUGGACACCUUCGAAAAGAAGGAUGGCCAACGCGCCGACCAGCGCGAUCUUCUGAGCCGCAGCGCAAAUCGGUUGCGCGCGUCAGCAUUCUCUCCGACGCGCUUUCGUGGGUCGGUUCGACGAGAUCCGGAGUGGAAAUGGCGAAGGGCCUACUUUCCUUUCGCAAGGGGUUUGUCGUGCAUCGACGAGAUACGAACACAUCCUUCAGCGCAGGAUCGUCGAAGCUGGCUGGCAGCUGCCCGGAAUCAGCGUUCCGCUGUGGCACCCCGACAUGAGCAACAUCCUCGACGAACGUUCCUCAAUGUGGAACCAUCAGUGCAUACAAUUGGCAAUGGUCACCGUCAUAUGCCGUUCUACUUUUGUCUUCGUCACAGGGAUUUGCGGUGGCUUCGGUACGAAGACGAGGCUCGCUGCUUGCUCUCGCGCCAGUGGUUUUUUGAUUAACUGUCUAAUCUACUCCGAAAUUCACUAAAUCUAUACACACACGUACAUCAGCCUAUAUACAUUGAUCGAUGUAUUAGAAGUCUAUGUUACUGGUUUCCUCGUCGAUUUUCGUUGAAAAUAUCCGAUGCUCACUAAAAAAUUCCACAGUGACAAAGUUCAUAGAGCUAGCGGUUAGCGAUUAAUGGAGUUCCUAAUUAUUGUUGAUAUUUCUAUUUUCACAUUAACGAUUUGUUCAAGAAAUUCAUUUUAAAUUACACUUUCUCAAUAUUGACUUGUGUAACCUGCGCGCCAUUCUAUGCAAAUAUUUUCAGUUUGGUAUUAUCCGUAUUUUUAAACGGCUCAUAGAGCAGUUUGUAUAUUUUUUAAAAUUCUCAAACUUUAAUUUACUCAAACAAUAAGCUUUGAAUUAACUCAAUGUGCAGUUACAUCGUCAACUUAUGAUUACGCAAUAUCACAGAUUACCAAAACUAAAUUGUACCAUUGUUUUGUAACAGUAUGCAUGCAUAAUUUGAUCUGUCCUACGUCUAAAAUAAAUUUUUCUGUCGAAACAAUGUUAUCGUAUUUCACACAAAUCUAAUACAUUUUAAACUGGGUUUACAAAGUUUUUCUUCACACUUUUAUAAGUUUAAAAUUUCGAGCGUUACAGCUAAAUGUUACAUUGAAGCGAGUUCUAGAAGUAAAAAAAUCAAGUAAGCCUUUAGUUACAAUUAGACGAAAAUAUGCAUUACUGAAACAAUAUUGCUUUCAGAGUGAAUAGAAAUUAGAUUGAAAUAAAGUUUCCAAUGUACAUAAGCUUUUACCCUUCCAUUUUAUCAAAAAAUAUUAAUAUCAAAAAGUUUUCAUUCAAGAAUUCAGCUUGAUCAAUAAAAGUUGUAAGCUCGAUUCGGUGGAUGUACAUUUUUUAUGACCUAUCCUGCUUUUUAGAUCCGAAUUACAUUUUCAAUACAGUCGAUCCUUCAUAUUUUCAACGCAAGGAGAGAUAAAUUACAAAUUAAUAAAAUCAGAAUA